UCCCUCUCUCACUACUUUUUAUUCCACAGGGAUUGAAGGCAUUGCUCUCUCAUAAUACUCCUCUUUCCUCGUUUCUUCUUAUAAAAAUUUGACAAGUGAAGGUUUAAAAGUGUGCUGAUUAAAUAGAAGGUUGAAAGUGCAGAAUUAAGUUGUGAUUCAUCAUGAGCAUAAGCUGAAGUUUUUGAUCUCAAAGAUCGUUUCCUUGAAGAGCCCAGUUCUUUAGCAAGGAAAGAAUUUCUUCCUCAAUCAACAGGAUUUCUUAUUGAAUUGUAGAUAUGCCAAGGUUCAAGCGUUUGCAGAAGAAGCAAAAUUCAGUUCAGUCAGUAUCUCAACCAGUUGCUGAAUCAGGACCUUCUUUUCUUCAAUCAACGCCAUGCCUGCCAACGCAUCCGACCAUGUCAGUUCGGGCAACAACACAUCUGGCCCCAUCAUUUCAGCCUACAUCACAGGAGACUCCAACACCUCAGCCGGUAUCACAACCGUCUCGAUCAGUUCACUCAAUAUCCCAUCCCGCUCCGAUGGAUCAGGCAGCACCACAGCCGGCUUCAGCAGUUCACCCAGCAUCACAGCCAUCUCGGUCAGUUCACUCGACAUCAAAUUUGGCUUCGACAGAUCAGGACUCACCACAGCCAGCUCUGUCAGUUCACUCGACAUCACAUUUGGCUUCGACAGAUCAGGACUCACCACAGCCAGCUCCAACAGUUCAGGCCGCAUCCAAAAAACGUUCUAGGUCGCAUUGGAUUGUAGACGCAAUAGAUUCAGAAGAAAAUAUCAGGAAACUUAGAGUGAAAGUUAAUGAAGUGAUCAAUUUAACGUGUGAAGAACGUAUUGUGGUUGAUUUUGAUUACUUGGAUGAACCAUUUGGAGAUGGGCGCGGCCUUCUUUCACGCUUUUGUGGAAUUUUGGCGUGUGACUGCUCUUUAUUUCCAAUCAACUUUGAGAAAUGGUUAAGUUUACCUAUUUCAUACUUCAACCGCGUCUUCGAUCAAAUUAUAAAGCCUAAGUUCUUCUUUAGGACAACCGAGUCAGUUGCAAUGGGACAUAUCUAUAAAUCUAUUGGAAAGAAGUGGGCUGCAAAUAAAAAUAACUUGUGGAGGACACAUGAAGACCUGCUUAAAAGUAAAACUGAGAUUAUUGAAAGUGUGCCGGAUGGGAUUCCACGUGAUCAAUGGAUUUCUUUUGUUGAUUACCAAUAUAAAGAUUCAACAAAGGCAAUGCGUUUAAGAAAUGCUGAAAAUCGAAAGAAACAGACUAUACCACACACAGGCGGCUCCAAAGCGAAUGCUACGAGAAGGGCUGAAAUGAUGGCUCAGACUGGACAAAGGCCUGGACGAGCACAAAUAUACCUUGCUACUCAUAAGAAUCAAGAUGGAGUAUAUGUUAAUGAAGCAGCAAAAGAAAUAUGCGAAAAAAUUGAGUUAGCUUUAAGCCAAAGCACCAUAGACGAGUCUCAAAUUUCGCGAAAUGAUGUCGUCGGCAAGGUGCUAGGAGAAGAGCACUCUGGGAGGGUGAGGUGCUUGGGAUUAGGACCUGUCCCCAGUAAAGUUUUUAAACAAGCAAGACCUCGUUUCAGUGGUAUAAGUGCUUCAAUCAGUGAAGGUUCAUGUUCGUCCCAAUGUCAACAGAACCAUAAGCAAAUGAUGAAUGCUCAGGAAAAAAUGAUGAAUGCUUUCAAGGCAUAUAUGAUAAUGAAAGAAGGGACGAUACCAGAACAGUUUGCGGGGUUCUUUGCUUCUUCUUCGGCGGUUUCUCCUACAACACCAAGUGAUGCGGCUAGUGGAUCCCUUUCGCCCAUGGAUGCAAGAAGAUCAUUCGGUGAUAGUAAUCCUAGUGACAACCGUUGAUUUCAUUGUAUUGUUUGGUAGGAACGGAUGUUAGAACGCUGGAGUGAAUGUAUUGUGUUUAAAUUUAGUUUUUGAGUGAUCUGAUAAUGCUACUUAAAUUUUUAGUUUAAAAAACUAAUGGUACUUUAUGAUAACAUUUGUGAUUUUACGAUA